AUGCGAUAUGUAGUCGAAUGCUUUGUUGAAGUCGAACAGAGUGAUCAAACCUUUAAUACCUCAUUGUUUACCGUAAUCAAUGAUUUCUUUCAUGAUCAAAAUCAUCCAAAUCCUCUUUGGUGUAGUGGUAACACAUUAGUCUCUCACACUGAUACCCCGGGUUCGAUUCCCGGAAGGGGAUUUUUCUUUAGUCUUGAAACCGUUGAAAAUUAG